GUAGGAACGAACAUGGACGUAUCGUCUGUCCUCGUUCAAAAUGAACCACAAACUGAUUUGCUCCUCCCGAAGGUUCCACUGAAUCAUCGAAUCCCUCUCCUCUCCUCACUCGUGUGUUUCCCUCCACUCCUUCCCGCCACAACGGAUAACACCUCACUUCCUCAACACUCAACACAGCAGAGCAGCGCAAAACAGAGCAGACCAAGAGCAAGGAGACGACGACGACGACGACGAUGCAAUCCCUCCUCUCCUCCUCGGUGCUCGCCAACCCAUGCACCACCGGCUCCCCGCUCUUCCCGCCGACCGCUGCUAAGCUCGCCGCCGCUGCCUCGGUCCCGGUGGCCGCGGCGGCGAGGAGUGGCGCCAUUGCUGCCGUGUCGAGGAGAUCGGCCAGUGGCGGCCGGUGCGUGGUGGCGGCUGCGUCGUCGUCGUCCCCGGCGGUGACCACGGCGGAGGCCGGCGAGGUGCCCGCGACGAUGAAGGCGUGGGCGUACGACGAUUACGGGGACGGCAGCGUGCUCAAGCUCAACGACGCCGCGGCGGUGCCGGACAUCGCCGACGACCAGGUGCUGGUGCGCGUCGCCGCCGCCGCGCUCAACCCCGUCGACGCCAAGCGCCGCGCCGGCAAGUUCAAGGCCACCGACUCCCCUCUCCCGACGGUGCCGGGGUACGACGUGGCCGGCGUGGUGGUGAAGGCCGGGAGGAAGGUGAAGGGGCUGAAGGAAGGGGACGAGGUGUACGGCAACAUCAGCGAGAAGGCGCUGGAGGGGCCCAAGCAGUCGGGGUCGCUGGCGGAGUACACCGCCGUGGAGGAGAAGCUGCUGGCGCUCAAGCCCAAGAGCCUCGGCUUCGCGCAGGCCGCCGGGCUGCCGCUCGCCAUCGAGACCGCCCACGAGGGCCUCGAGCGCGCCGGCUUCUCCGCCGGCAAGUCCAUCCUCAUCCUCGGCGGCGCCGGCGGCGUCGGCUCCCUCGCCAUCCAGCUGGCCAAGCACGUGUACGGCGCGUCCAAGGUGGCGGCGACGGCGAGCACGCCCAAGCUGGAGCUCCUCAAGAGCCUCGGCGCCGACGUCGCCAUCGACUACACCAAGGAGAACUUCGAGGACCUGCCGGACAAGUACGACGUCGUCCUCGACGCCGUCGGCCAGGGCGAGAAGGCCGUCAAGGUGGUGAAGGAAGGGGGCAGCGUGGUGGUGCUCACCGGCGCCGUCGUGCCGCCGGGGUUCCGGUUCGUGGUCACCUCCGACGGGUCGGUGUUGGAGAAGCUCAACCCAUACCUGGAGUCCGGGAAGGUGAAGCCGCUGGUGGACCCCAAGGGGCCAUUCGCCUUCUCACAGGUUGUGGAGGCCUUCUCCUACCUCGAGACAGGGAGAGCCACCGGGAAAGUUGUCAUCUCACCCAUUCCAUGAGAGCUUGACAUCAAUGGCAGAGCUUAUGAUGGUCUCUCGCACCUGAGAUUCUGAUUCUGAAGUGUGUCAGCAUAGACCAAAAUGAAGUUUAUCUCAUAUUACAGUUCAUAGAGUUACACUGUUACACAAGUUGUAUGCACUGUGAUGAACUGCUGAGCAAUGUCCACAACCCCUCUCUAGCAAUGUCCAGUUGAUUUGAACAGGCAGGUGGUGCCCCGAAUGUCCCAAUGUUACAUGAGUUUUGCUAUGUAAGGGAAGGAACAUCGAUA